AUGCUCGACAUGCGCUCACUCAGCCUGACGGGCUGGACAGGCGCGUUCCUCGUGUGCGCAGUUACAGCAAUCAAGUGCGCCGCACCACCGCUCAGUCUUCCCUACCGCGAUAUUUCCGUUGUCCCUGGUAUACUCUCCCCAGGAAUUCCUCUGCAGAUCGGGUCGCCGUUCCAAUCCAUCGCACUCGUCCCCUCGCUCCAGAUCGACGACACAUUCAUUCCGCGCUACACGAAUACCUGCGUAUUUGAUGUGCCGGUCAACACUACCGCGAACCAGCCGCAGAAUGCGACGAGCGCACAUGUCGCGACCACGGGUCUAUUUGCUCGCGAUGCGACUCCUGCGAGUUUCGCAGAAGUAGGCAAGAACGGUACGGGCAAUGGUCAGGAUUGGUGGACAAAGUGUGCGCAGACAUACGGCGGCGCAUACAACCCCGCCUUCUCGUCCAGCUUCACCGAAGACAAAACCGUGCUGAACAACCAGGACGGUCACUUCUUCACCGACAUAUGGCGGUUUGCAGAUUACCUCUCCGUCUACACGGCCACGACCGCCGCCCUCCCACCCAAAUCCAAUGCCACGAGUACAUUCCAAGCAGCAGUGGAAGGCGCGACAUUCAACAACUACGGCGCUGCCCUGCUCGGCCUCACGCCCAACUCGACCCUGCUCGCCGCCCUAGCACAGGCAGACAUGAUUCCCAGUACUUCGUGGACGCUGACCAACGCCUCGCUGUGUCUCGGGUGCGAAGACCGCAGCGCAAGCACAGGCACCUGGCAGACGUUCCCCCCGGUCGACCGCUACGUCAACCCCGACCUACCGUGCUUGAUCAAAUCCAAGGUCGAGGCGCUGACCUGGCGGCCGCGGGAGCACGGCGUCGAGGGCGCGACGCUGCUCCAGGAGAGCUUCACCGCGUGCGUGGAUCCGGGCGUCAAGUUUCUGGUCCUACCGCCCAACGCGACGAGUGCGUUUGGCAAGAUUGUGGAGAGGGAGGUGCGGGCUGAGUACAGCGACUACACCGUGUUUGAGCGUGGGGCUGGGAACGACACGGGCGUGCUGACGUUCCGGAUCCAAGGCGGGCUGGAGGUCAAUGUGACGGUUCCUGGGGCUGGGGAUGCUGGACUGCAUCAGUCAGGCGGGUGGACAGUGCCGAUUGGCAAGGGGGCGUGGGGCGCGUACGGGAACGCGACGUGGGUGCUUGGAAAGCCGUUUACGGACCGUGUGGUGCUGCGGUGGGAUGGGGAGAAGAAGGAGUAUGGGAUUGCGAAUCGGAAUGCCGACGACACGCGUGAGGUCGACGUCCAGCCUCUGGGAUGCGACGCCUUCCCGAGUGUGGAGAGGAGCGUGGCCUCCACGCCUGGCACGGGGAUCUUGGUGGGAUCCGUGGUUGGCGGGUUCAUUGGGGGACUGGCGUUUGCGUUUGCGGGCUCCUGGUUCUUCAGGCGGGGACGGAAGGGCGUGCGGUCGAGGUAUGCGCAGUUGGACGAGGACACGGUGCCGAUGCGUGCGAUGUCGCAUGGGAGGGACAGCUGGAUGACAGCUGGCACGCUCAACCCGCCGCCACCGAGUAUACACGAGAGCUUGAGAUCCCAGCGGCUUAGAGACACACAGUCUGGGGCGCAGCGCGGAAUAGGCUUUGAGAUUGCUGACGGCCAGAUGUUUGAAGCUCCUGAGGGCGGGACGGCGUAUCCGACGAAGAGGGGUCGGAAUGAGAUGUGA